AUUCCCUUUACUGUCUACGGUAUUGCAUUACCAUGAGACUUACAAACGUACCCCUGUAAAAUUGUCAAAUGUCGGGCGGCAACCACGGGCCAUCCUAACAUUUUGGGAGUGACGUAUGUCACGUGAGAGCUGUCACUUUUGACACCGUAGAAUGAUGUGUUCUGUGAUUUUACCGUGCAUUCAAUUUCCAGUUUCAAGUUCAUUUGUACAUUUAUUGAAAAUGGCCGCCUAUCAUAAUGAUGUGAUGUGAAUAUUGUGAUUAAAAAUUCAUGUACAUUGGGGUAAAGACAGUGUCCCAAGAAUGGCGUGAUGUGCGAAAGUGCUAAGUUUAAUGGUGUCAAAUCGUAUUCGACUGAGAUACUGGAUCAGAACGAAAUGACACUGAUACCUGAGACUACUUUACAACCCAGCGAAUUAUCAAAAUUAAAACGGACUUUUACAUUUCCGAGAAACCCCUUUAACACAGUUAGAAUGUCUAAUAGAAGGGCGAAAACUAAAGAUGAAAACGACUUGAAGAUAGUUACGAACAACACGAACGAUAAUGAUGUAAAUAAAAAAGUAUUGAGACGUCCAUCCAUUAGAAAGUUUAUUCAUAAGAUUGCUCAGCACUUAGGCGGAGUUCCUGGUAUAAAUCAAAAUAUAGAAAACAACAGGGUGCCCCCAGUGGGGCUGCAAACGUGGGGACCUGAAGACACCCCUGGCGUCACUGGACUGAAGAACCACGGCAAUACAUGCUUUAUUAAUGCUGUCUUACAAUGUAUAUCACAUACCGACAUCCUAGCUGAAUAUUUCGUGCUAGAUAGAUAUAAGAUAGAUUUGUCUAGAAGGAACAAACUGAAUUCGAAGAAAUUUGGGACCAAAGGUGAAGUUACUGAACAACUAGCAUUAUUAUUAAAGGCAUUGUGGGCAUGCCAAUAUAGCCCUGAACUGAGUACAAACUUUAAGCAAGUAGUAGAGAGGCAUGGGGCUCAGUACAAAGGAACCCAACAGCAUGAUGCCUUGGAAUUUUUGCAGUGGUUGUUGGAUAAAGUACAUGAAGAUCUGAAUACUGCUUCGAAGAGAAAAUUCAAGUCAAUAAAGACCUCUGGGAGACCAGACGAAGUGAUAGCAGCCGAAACGUUGGAGAACUACAAACGGUGCAACAACUCCUUCAUCCAAGGCGUCUUUCAGGCCCAGUAUCGAUCGUCGUUGAGUUGCUCGCGAUGCCGGACCCAAUCCAACACGUUCGAUCCCUUUCAGUGCAUAUCUGUACAGCUGCCUCAGUUCCACAAGCAUUCUAUCUACGUUACAGUACUGUACACCUGCCAACAACCUCGCCAAGUCCGUAUCGGCGUGACCGUUGCAUCCGGCGCUAUCGUCGGCGAAUUACGCUCCGUCCUCGCAUCGGACACUUCCAUCGCUCUUAGUGACAUGCUCCUGCUCGAGGUGGGUUCCAGCGGGUUCCAGCGCACGUUGGCAGACGCCCAGCCUGCCGCCGCCAUAGCCGAAGAUGACCCGGUAUAUUGCGUAGAGGCUGCCAGGUUGGACGCUGGAGCGCCGACUACCGGAGAAUAUGUACUGUUGGUGUGGGUGAAUGUGGAAAAGGUUGAGGACGAAGAUAGUGAGGAGGAAUGGAGGCGGUUCGGAAGUCCUUAUACAAUGCAAGUCUCACGAGAAACAUCAUAUGAUGAUCUGCAAAAACUGAUCCUGAAAGAGAUGGCUCCAAUUCUGCACGAUGACAUCUUAACCUCGUCUCAACCACGUGGCAUCUUCAGCAUGCGCGUAUGGGACCCAGCGGCCGCCCCCGACGACCCGCCUCUCUACCUGGACCCCGAUCUGCAACACCCUUUAUAUACGGAGGCGGUUGAACAGGCGUUGGCGCUGUGCGGUGGUGAAGGGGAUGGCAGCAGUGGCGGAGGUGGUCCCGCUCAUAUCAAAUUGACCUUGGAAUGGCGAGCGGACGCCAAGGCGAGCGUCGUUGCUGAUGAUCAAGAUGCGGUGGAGGAGCAUGCUAGCGUCAGGGCGCUCAGGCAGCAAGCCGCUCAGGGUGGUGCUCCAUUAACCUUGGAGGAGUGCCUGAGAGACUAUACAGAAGCUGAAACCUUAACUGACGCCUGGAGGUGUCCUCAUUGUCAACAGUACCAACCUGUUGUGAAAACGUUGGAUAUGUGGUCGUUACCCGAGAUUCUCAUAGUGCAUUUCAAAAGAUUUAGGCAGCACGGUUACCGAACUGGCAACAGCGCCAAACUAACUACCAUGGUGGACUUCCCCGUUACCCGACUCGACAUGUCGCCUCACCUAGCGGCGAAACGUCGUACCAGCAGCGCUCCGCCUCUCAACCAACAAGCCCCGCCUACCGCCGAUGACGGUUGGUCGUCGCCAUGGAAACGCAGCGCCACCUGCAAGACGGCUUUGGGCGGCGACAAUCGAGGAGGUGGGGACAAUUUGUACGAUCUGUACGCGGUUUGUUACCAUCACGGCACCGAUUUGGAGACGGGACAUUAUACGGCUGCGUGUAAGAAUCCGUAUGAUAACCAGUGGUACCUCUACGACGACGCCAAAGUAGUGAACCUAAGCCGUGACUCCACCGACCUGAACUCAGUCCUAGUGAACAACAGCGCGUACAUCCUGUUCUACCAGAAGCGCAACGGGCAGUACGCCAGCUCAAGCUCGAACUCGAGCAGUGCUGCGAGUACCAGCUCGGUGGGGUCAAUGCAGGAGCACUGGGUGUCCAGGAUGCCGAGGUUCGUACCGCCGAAAAGCGUGGCAGGUGCGACGGUUGUGAAAAAGGAAGUGAAGGUGGUUGAGACGGAGAAGGUGGUACCUAAGGAGGAUAUUUUUGAGGAGAGGCAGCAUCAUGCGACGGAAGCGGCGCUCAAGGUGAAAGAGAGCGAGGAGGAUGAUAGGAAUGCUAAGGAGGUAGCACUGCGCAAUUCCCAAAACACCCUCUACAGCAGCCAGACAAGCAUCAGAAAAUCGACAACAGACACCAAACCUCCAUCGGACACCUCUCCGAAGAGCACCGAGUCCUCAAAACUCACCGAAUCACCAUCAACAGAAGUGAAAAAACCUCCGCUAUACACUACCAGCAUUUACAUCAACUCGUCUGGAAACGUGGACAUCGAGACGAGAUGUACCCAGUCUCCAGUGCUUAGCAAUGCGAGGUUGAGUGCAGAGGUAGAAGAGGAUGUCGUGUUGAGGGAUGGCAAAAAGAACAUUGUGUACACUACAACAGCGUCUGUGCAUAGACACUCUGAUAAUGUCAGCUCUGCGAGAGAACACCGGAACGCUAGGAGUCAGUUCAGCUUUAUGUCACCCCAACCUGUAAAAAAGAGCCAGAUGACGCCACAGUCUGUGUAAUUUUUUCAAGAAUUUCUUUAGAUGUAAGCAAAAGAAACGAAUAAUCAUUGGAAAAUAUGUAUUUAUGUAAAUAUCUAAUUAAGCACUAAGUGAAUAUUCGAAUCAUAUGUAAGAUUAGUUUAUUAUAAUAUAUAUUGAACACCCAUUGCCUUUUCGGUAUAUCAAGGAAUCUAAGAAUAUUUUCACACGAAACUUUAUUUGCAUAAUUCGAAUAUUAUUUAGUAGAUAAUUUUCUACUGCUGAAGUAUAGUACUGUAAAUAAUGCUUUCAUUAAUUUUUAAUGAAACUGAUCAUAUUGAAAUAUUUCUAUCCAAGUCAUAAUUCUCUCGGAUUCCUUGAUAUAUGUACAUUAAAUUUUGUUUUUAAUUUAUAUCAUUAGGCUUUAUAUCUAUAUCUUCAGCAGUUUUUGUUUUUGAAUAUUUUAUUAAAUAUUGUUUAUUCGUUUUGUUGUUGUUUAUUUUAUCUUGUGUGUUUAGAUAUUUACUUUAAAAUAUUAUUUAUAAACUCUCUGUAGUUUUGUAGUGUACACACAUUGAUUUAAGUAGACCUUUGAUUGAAAUGCAGAUAAAGUUUUUAUGAGCCUCUGAUUAUUUUAUUUCUUUAAUUUUCCGAGUAACAUCCCCAAGACUUCUCACAAAUCGAGAAAUAACGUGCAUAUAUGUCAUUAAAUAAAAUACAAAAAUUUGUGCAUGCUUCAGAAAAAGUGACCUGUUUUAUUAUAAAUAAUUAUUUCUCGAUAUUGUUGAAACAUUAUUCAUUCGCCCCAUUUCAUUAGAAACCUAGAUAAUAUGAGCUGUCGUCCAAACUAAUAACAAAUCCUAUGAUUUCUCGCCAUAAUUGUAACAAUAUUCAAAAACAAAUUUGAUUCUCCAACUUUAACAGCCUGUGUCAAAAUAUAAAAGAAAUUCAAUUAUCGUUAAAAAUCAUAACUUUACCACCAUAAACAGUCGCUUCUUGGACACUACUUCGAUUUUUGCCCCGAUUCAUCAAAUUAUUCUUACAUUUUUUACUUGGGCGACAGUGUUGUUAGGAGGAUUUUUAUAUACCUAACUGAUUAGUUUGUAUGGCAUUUUCUCAAUACUCGCUAAAAUUUUGAAUCUAUAAAGUAACAUGAUGGCGAAAUGAGUAAAUCUACCGUGAUAUUUAUACAUUAUGAAAUUAUUAUCAAUUUGUAUAUGAGAUUUGUAGUUUGCUAUACUAAAA